UGGUCCGUGAGCAACUAUUUAAGAUAGCUUAGUUAAGAAUUAAUUUGAAACAAAUUUAUAUUUUCGGUCUGCAUUUAUAGCUUAAUUUGUUGCAAAAAAGCGUUUCUUCGGAGCUUUUGAGAGAACAUUCAAAUAAGGAGCGGAGAGAUUUUUCAGAAAACAUGAGUAGGUCGAACGAUAAAAUAGCGAUGUUUCCUUCGAGGAUGAACAUUGGAUUGCUGAAGGGCCGUUUGGUUGGUGCUAAAAAGGGAUACGAACUACUGAAGAAGAAAGCAGAUGCCUUGCAGAUGAGAUUCAGAAAAGUGGUGCGAGAAAUAACUGAGAUCAAAACCAAGUUGGGGGAACUUAUGAAACAGUCCUACUUUUCAUUAGUUGAGUCGGAGUUCGUUGCUGGUGACAUCAAAAAUGUCAUUUUGGCCAAUGCCAUUGAGAGCGCCACUACCAGAGUGCGUCAGCGAAAGGAAAAUGUGGUUGGUGUCGCACUGAUUACGAACGAAACUCACAUAGAGCAGAAUAACAAAGAUGCUGUAAUGACUGGUUUAGCCCGGGGCGGCCAGAAAGUUCAGGAAACUAGAAACACUUUUCUGGAGGCAGUCAAAUGUAUUGUAGAUCUGGCAACUUUACAGACGUGGUUUUUCACGCUGGACGAGGCUCUGAAAUUGACCAACAGGAGAGUGAACGCCUUGGAGUAUGUUUUGAUUCCUAGAAUUGAGAAUACUAUCGCGUAUAUGUUGUCGGAGUUAGACGAGAUGGAACGAGAGGAUUUCUACCGGCUGAAGAAAGUGCAGAACAAGAAGAUGAGAGACAAGAAGGCCGCGGAGGAGAAGAUGAAAGCUGCCCUGGAUGCUCCUGCUUUGGAAGUGAAGAGCAUGCUCAGCUCAAACUACGACGCAGACAUCAUUUUCUGAAGGCCAAUACAAACAGAAUUCUAAAUGUCGUUCUACGACGCAAAGAAACGUAAUACACGAGGAGAUUAUUGAAAUUAGUUAUUUUUAAAUCAUUUAAUGCUAUCAUGCCCUAUACUUGUAAUUUAAAUUGGGUCUGUUUUGACUGAUCUGCGGUAAAAAAAAAUUGCGUUGUUCGUUUUUGCCUCAAAAUAAUCUCUUUUCUAUAGUCUGAAUUGGGACUUAUAAGGCAGCUUUCCUGGUUUAUUGAUACGUAAUCAUAGCAGAUAGUGAUAAUAAAGAGUCCCAAGUUUUUUUCCGAGAUCAAUUUAACCAUGUUUUACUAAUGUUGCUAUGAUGUUUAUAUAUUUUGAGCCUAAUGUACUGUUAGAGGUAGC